AUGUCAGCGAACUCAUCAGGCUUAAAUGCCUCACAAGGUCCUGUUAAUCCAUGUAUCUCCCAGCUGCCUCAACCUGGCACCGCCGACGACCAACAGAGCACCCAGGAGCGCUCAACUUCAACUCCGUUGGAGGCCGGAGCGGCGCUUUUGACCGAUCCCUUUGUGGAGGCAUUUGAUGAGCCAAUCUCCUUCAAACGCAAACAAAAGGAGCCAUCUCGGUUUGCCCUUUCUACCUUCUUUUCCUCCGAAACCACCGCGCACCCCACUCUACACAAUCAUGCUGGUGACGGGGAUGGCACAUUGCCAAAUGACAGCCCGCCACCCGCAAAUACGACUGCUGCUAAUGGAGGACUAGAGGGAUCUAAGCCCGGAGGCCCUCUUGACUGGUAUGUCGAGGGACCUGGUCGGCGUGUAGGAUAUGACAACCUAACGGCUAUUGAUUGGAUUUUCGAGUACUCCAAGGAGCGUCAGCGGAUUCGGCAUCUUUACUCCAGCAACAAAGGUCUUAUAGGCUAUGUUCGGAAAGUCCUGGAUGCAAGCAAUAUAUGGUUUAUUCUUAUUGUAACGGGGAUCACAACGGGCGUCAUAGCCGCGUGUAUAGAUAUCGUAAACUUAUCCGAGUGUCAACAUUGGAUACCGUGGCGUAAGGCUUUUCAUGUUAACUCUAAGAGUGGUGGAUAUGUUUUGGAAUAUAUCAUUUUCAUAUUGUACGCUAUCUUCUUUGCAACAACUGCAAGUGUUCUGGUCAAAUAUUUCGCAAUAUAUGCCAAGCAUAGUGGUAUUCCGGAAAUAAAAGUUGUCCUAGGUGGUUUUGUGAUUAAAAAGUUCAUGGGGACAUGGACGUUGCUGGUCAAAUCUCUUGGCUUGUGUCUUGCUGUCGCAUCGGGACUAUGGCUUGGGAAAGAAGGCCCAUUAGUUCAUGUUGCUUGCUGCUGUGCGAAUUUGAUCAUGAAACCCUUUCCCAGCCUAAAUCAUAAUGAGGCGAGGAAGCGCGAGAUUCUCUCUGCUGCUGCGGCUGCGGGCAUUUCUGUCGCCUUCGGUUCUCCUAUUGGAGGUGUCUUGUUCAGUUUAGAGCAACUCUCAUACUAUUUCCCGGACAAGACAAUGUGGCAGAGCUUCGUAUGUGCUAUGGUUGCGGCUGUUACUUUGCAUGCUCUCAACCCCUUUCGAACAGGAAAAAUUGUUCUCUACCAAGUAACUUACAGUCGUGGAUGGCACCGCUGUGAGCUGCUCCCAUUCGCCUUACUCGGGAUAUUUGGUGGGUUGUACGGCGGUUUUUUCAUCAAAGUAAACAUGAAAGUUACCAGAUGGCGAAAGGAGAGGAAUCUCUCUUCUCCGAUUCUGCAAGUUGUCGCUGUAGCGCUCGUCAGUGCUAUAAUUAAUUUCCCAAAUACGUUCAUGAGGGCCCAACUCUCUGAGCUUGUUUAUUACCUUUUCGCAGAGUGCGCAAGUGUUCCGGAUGAUCAAUUCGGGCUUUGCAAAACGGGAGACGCAUCAUUGGGAGUCAUUGGUCUCUUACUUCUUGCGGCAGUUCUAGGUUUCUUCCUCGCAUCAAUUACCUUUGGUUUGGAUAUCCCUGCGGGUAUCAUUCUUCCCUCUCUAGCAAUAGGAGCUCUCUCGGGUAGAGCUCUUGGUAUAGCGUUUGAAAUGUGGCAAAAGGCGCAACCGAACCUGCUGCUAUUCCGGAAUUGUGAGCCUGACGUUCCGUGUAUUAUUCCUGGAACCUACGCGAUUGUCGGGGCCGCGUCUGCUCUUGGAGGCGCAACGAGGAUGACGGUGUCGAUAAUUGUUAUUAUGUUCGAGCUUACAGGUGCCAUCACCUAUGUCAUCCCUAUCAUGAUUGCUGUGAUGCUUUCAAAAUGGUGUGGGGAUACGUUUGGGAAACGAGGAAUAUACGAGUCGUGGAUCCAGCUCAACGAAUACCCCUUCAUUGAGCAAAAAGACGACGUUAUCCUUCCCGAUGUUCCAGUAAGCCAAGUCAUGACAAGCAUUCAUGACCUAUCUGUAAUCACCGCCGUCGGACACACCAUUGACACUCUCCUAAACCUUCUCAACACAACAUCCUAUCGUGGAUUCCCGGUCGUUUCCGAUACGUCCAAUCCCACCCUACUUGGCUACGUUUCUCGCAACGAGCUGUCCUACGCCCUCAAAUCCGUCACCUCUCGAAGUUCCCGAAACCUAUCCCUCGAAACCCCAGCCUAUUUCGUCCAUCAGCCAUUCGUCGAUCCACUUGAAACCCUUGAUCUUCGACCAUGGAUGGACCAAACUCCCAUUACCCUAAACAGCCGCGCCAGCUUCCUCAUCGUCGUUAAUAUGUUUCAAAGGCUAGGUCUUCGGUACAUACUACUUGUCAACAAAGGGAUACUCCAAGGAUUCUUAACCAAAAAGGAUGUUUGGUACAUCAUCGAAGGUGCUCAGAAACGGAGGGCUCAGGGCUUUAGAGACAAUGAAAUUGGGGAAGGAAAUACUGAGGAGGAAAGAGGUCUACUAGGUGAUGAUGAUCACGGGCACCACGUAAGAACGUUUAGUCCUAUUGAUGUUGGGCCCUCGCUUUAA